AUCCAGAUCACCUACAUUUGGCCGGUUGGUUGAGGCACGCGAGCUGCUACUGCUGCUGCUGCUGCUGCUGGAAGAUGCGUGGCACCGUAAUUGUCGAGGUAGUAGCUGCUGCGACCUUCGUUUAUGUCGUAGCGGCGCAAGAGACGACGUCGCUUUUCCUGCCCUACUUCGCGCCUGGACAUCCAUUGCUGGCAUCUAUCGUUGACGCUGACCACACCGCAACAACGUACUCUGUCGCCUGCUCCAUCCACGAGCCUACUGUCCUCAAUGGGUGCCGCGUUCCUAUACCUUUCUACCUUACCUCGGGGCCGACAUUCAUGCAUGCGACAAUGUCGUUGCCGUCUACAUCCGAAAUACGCACCCACACCACAACCCGCCUCUCCAUCCCCCUCGCAAGCGAAUACCUCUACCUCUUCCCCGCCUACACCGAAGACGCCUACUGCCACCUCCUCCCCACCUCCGCCUCCUGUCUCGUGACCGCCACCGGUGGCGCGCUGACAGUGCCUACAUUCACGAAUAGACGGACGCUGGUGGGGGAUGGGUUUUGGGGGGGGUGGAGGGAGGCGGUCGUUACGGAUGUUAUGCCGAGGAGUUAUGCGUUGGGGGGUGGGGGUGGGAGAGAAGAAGGGAAAGGGAAAGGAAAAAAGGAGAAGGGGGAGGGGGAGGAGAGAGUAUGGAAGAAGUCGGUGGUUAGUGAGAUUCCGCAGACGCUGGAUGUGGUGGGAGAGAAGGCGGAGGGGGUGAAGACGCCGGCGAGGACGGGGGGAGGUGUGGUACCGAAGGAGACGGGUGGUGGGGUGGUCGCAGGGGGAGGAGGGAUGAUGACAACGACCGCUAUGCCGGGCUCAGAAAUUGCUUCUGGCUCUGCGACUCCUGAUGCGGAUGUUGAAGUAGGAGGUGAAGCUGCAAUUGGGAGUGGAGAAGCCCAUAUAGACACCCUCACGACUACGAAGACCGAGUCUCGAGAGAUAACAGAAACAAAGAUCAUAACUGAGACAGCGGUGGUAACAGAAACUCUCAUUGUUACUGAGCUCGCCGUCGUCACUGACACAGGUGUGCGGCGGAGUGAUGAUCAGAGGAGUGUCAGAAAGGAGAAUUUAUGA